AUGGAGAGUCCCGCGGGCGGCAGCGCGGCAGCGGAGCCGGCGCACCCCUGCGCGGAGCCGGAGCUGCCGGCCGAGGCGGCCGCGGGCGGCGGGGAGGCGGCGGAGGUCGGCGCGGCAGCCCCCCGCGCGCGCUGCCUGCGGGCCGUGUACGUGCUCAACGAGCCGCCCAAGGCGGGCAGCGGCGCGCGGAGCCCCGAGGCCGGCGCGCGGCAGUGCCUGCUGAGGGCCUGCGAGGCUGAGGGCGCGCAGCUCGGCACGGUCAACUUCGGGGAGCUGGACUUCGGGGAGACAGCCGUGCUGGACGCCUUCUACGACGCAGAUGUUGCAGUUGUGGACAUGAGUGAUAUUUCCAAGCAGCCAUCACUGUUCUACCACCUUGGAGUGCGGGAAAGCUUUGACAUGGCUAAUAAUGUCAUACUGUACCAUGACACUGAUGCUGACACUGCUCAGUCUCUCAAAGAUAUGGUAUCUCAGAAAAACACAGCUUCCAGUGGCAAUUAUUAUUUUAUUCCCUACAUCAUCACACCUUGUGCUGACUACUUUUGCUGUGAAAGUGAUGCCCAAAGAAGAGCUUCUGAGUAUAUGCAACCCAGCUGGGACAACAUCCUGGGGCCACUUUGUGUGCCACUGGUGGACAAGUUUAUCAGCCUUCUCAAGGAUGUUCAUGUUACAUCAUGUGCCUAUUAUAAAGAAACUCUGCUGAAUGAUAUCAGAAAAGCUAGAGAGAAGUAUCAGGGAGAUGAGCUGGCGAAGGAGCUGGCCAGGAUUAAGCUUCGUAUGGAUAACACUGAAGUGCUGACUUCUGACAUUGUCAUAAACCUGCUUCUCUCUUACAGAGAUAUUCAGGACUAUGAUGCCAUGGUGAAGCUGGUAGAAACACUAGAAAUGCUUCCUACCUGUGAUCUGGCUGAUCAGCACAACAUUAAAUUUCAUUAUGCCUUUGCACUGAACCGAAGAAACAAUGCAGGUGAUAGAGAGAAGGCACUCCAGGUUAUGCUUCAAGUCCUGCAGACAUGUGAUCACCCUGCUCCAGAUAUGUUUUGCUUGUGUGGGAGGAUCUACAAGGACAUGUUUCUGGAUUCUGACUGUAAAGACACCGACAGUCGAGAUCAUGCCAUCGAAUGGUACCGCAAAGGAUUUGAGCUGCAGUCAACUCUCUAUUCUGGAAUUAACCUUGCAGUUUUGCUACUUGUUGCAGGACAGCAGUUUGAAAGCUCAAUGGAACUGAGAAAAAUAGGUGUCCGGUUAAACAGUUUACUGGGAAGAAAAGGAAGCCUGGAGAAACUGAACAGUUACUGGGAUGUGGGACAGUUCUUCAGCGUGAGCAUGCUGGCUAACGAUGUUGGCAAAGCAGUGCAAGCAGCAGAGAAACUUUUUAAGCUGAAGCCUCCAGUGUGGUACUUGAAAUCCUUAGUUCAGAAUCUGAUGUUAAUUCAGCGUUUCAAGAAGCUCACCAUAGAACAUUCUUCUAGACAAGAAAGGUUGACUUUCUGGCUAGAUAUCAUUUUUGAGGCAACGAAGGAAGCAACUAAUGGACUGAGAUUUCCAGUUUUGGUGAUAGAACCAACCAAAGUCUACCAGCCUGCCUAUGUUUCCAUCAACAAAGAAGCAGAUGAGAGAUCUCUCUCGUUGUGGCAUGUCUCUCCCACUGAAAUGAAACAGAUUCAUGAGUGGAAUUUCACAGCUUCUUCCAUUAGGGGAAUAAGCAUUUCCAAGUUCGAUGAGCGGUGUUGUUUCCUUUACGUCCAUGACAACUCUGACGACUUCCAAAUCUACUUUUCUACUGAAGGCCAAUGCAGCAGAUUCUGUGGGUUAGUGAAAGAAGUUUUGUCUGAUGCAGUUGGCAAUACAUUGGAACUAGAAGGAGAAAUAGAUGGAGAGACACUGGAGUAUGAAUAUGAUUAUGAUGAGAAUGGUGAGAGGGUGGUUCUAGGGAAAGGUACUUAUGGAAUAGUUUAUGCUGGAAGAGACCUUAGCAAUCAGGUCCGAAUAGCCAUCAAAGAGAUACCUGAGAGAGACAGCAGGUAUUCCCAACCUCUUCAUGAAGAGAUAGCGCUGCACAAGUAUUUAAAGCAUCGCAACAUCGUCCAGUAUCUUGGAUCUGUUUCAGAAGAUGGAUACAUUAAGAUUUUCAUGGAGCAAGUGCCAGGAGGCAGCCUUUCAGCUCUCCUGAGAUCGAAGUGGGGCCCAAUGAAAGAACCCACAAUUAAAUUUUACACCAAGCAGAUUCUGGAAGGCCUUAAAUAUCUCCACGAGAACCAGAUUGUACACAGAGACAUAAAGGGAGAUAAUGUACUGGUGAACACCUAUAGUGGAGUGGUAAAGAUAUCUGAUUUUGGGACUUCCAAGAGGCUAGCAGGAAUCAAUCCAUGCACAGAAACUUUUACAGGAACCCUGCAGUACAUGGCUCCAGAAAUCAUUGAUAAAGGACCACGAGGAUAUGGUGCACCAGCUGAUAUCUGGUCAUUAGGUUGCACCAUUAUUGAAAUGGCAACAGGGAAACCUCCAUUUCAUGAACUAGGGGAACCUCAAGCAGCAAUGUUUAAAGUUGGGAUGUUCAAGAUUCAUCCUGAAAUUCCAGAAUCACUCUCUGCAGAAAGCAGAGCUUUUAUUUUGCUCUGUUUUGAACCUGAUCCUAACAAACGUGUGACAGCGUCUGAUCUGCUCAGAGAUUCCUUCCUGAAACAAGUGAACAAGGGCAAGAAAAGCAGGAUUGCAUUCAAGCCCUCAGAUUCCAGCCGCACUGCAUCCCUCCCACUGCCCAGCCCCGGGGAGCAGGCCGGCAGCAGCAGCAGCGAGCAUGGCUCUGUCUCACCAGACUCUGACCUACAGCAUGAGAUGUUUUUUGAAAGGCCUAAGAGAUCCAUUUCAGAGAUCCAGACAAAGCAUCCCAUUUCCCACUUACUAAGUGUGCCUGAUGAGGGCUCAGCUUUGGAGGACAGGAGCUCCACUCCUUCUGUGGAGGACAAGGACUCUGGGCUGUUCCUGCUGCGGAAGGACAGCGAGCGCAGAGCCAUACUCUAUAAAAUCCUGAAGGAAGAACAAAAUAAAGUUGCCUCCAAUUUGCAGGAGUGCAUUGCACAGAGCUCUGAAGAACUGCAGCUUUCAGUUGCCCACAUCAAGCAAAUCAUUGGGAUUUUAAGGGAUUUCAUACGCUCUCCAGAGCAGAGAGUGAUGGCUUCUACCAUAUCCAAGUUGAAGAUGGAUUUGGACUUUGACAGCACUUCCAUCAACCAGAUCCAUCUGGUGCUGUUUGGAUUUCAGGAUGCGGUGAACAAAGUAUUGAGGAAUCAUCUAAUAAGGCCCCACUGGAUGUUUGCCAUGGAUAACAUCAUUCGCCGUGCAGUCCAAGCAGCAGUCACCAUCCUUAUUCCAGAGCUUCGAGCUCACUUUGAGCCAGCAUCAGAAACUGAAGGUGGGGACAAGGAUGGUGAUGAAGUGGAGGACAGUUUCCAGCCCACUGAACAAAAUAGGGCUGAGGAUCCUGCCACCACAUCAGGAGUCAGCACCCUUAGUUCUGUGGUGUCACAGGAGGCUCAGCAGCAACUUAGCCUGGAGUUGGGCAGACUUAAACAAGAGACCUUAAGGCUCCUGGAAAACCUCAUUCACAAGGAGAAAGAGUAUCAGGCCCUGCUACACCAAUCUCUGGAGCAAAAAACUCAGGAGCUGCACUUGCUGCGCUUGAAACUUAACCCCAAAGACUCCCAACGGCCUGCAGCAACUUUCAGAGGCACUGCAGACCCUGAGCUCAUGAAUUGGCUGAAACAACAGGGAGCAGACUUGGAGACCAUUAAGAGGUUUGCUGAAGAAGAUUACACCCUGAGUGCUGUCCUGAAUGAUAUCACUAAAGAUGAUCUGCGGUGUCUUCAGCUGCGGGGUGGUCUUCUCUGCAGACUUUGGAAUGCAAUACUGAACCACAGGCAAACAUCUGGUAAGCCCCCACUGCAGCAGGUUAAUGCUUCGGAGAGGGAGACUGUGACAUGGGAAUAACCCAGCCAAAAGAUACAUUCCUAGCCCUUAACUGUUAGCUGUAUAUAUCUGGAUGUACAGAGGCCUUGCAGGCUUUGCACAAACCCCUGGCUCCUUUGCCCAGUGUCACACAGAGUGACCAGUGACAGCUUUUGAGUGAGUCAGUGUCAAUGCAUUUCAAUGAUUUAUGACAGAGUGAUGCAGAAGCCAAAUGCUUAGUGAUGCAAAAACAAAGCAUUAGCUUAACACAAGACCUUCCUCUGCAGACCUGGCUUUAGCACUCUGCAAAGUGUGAGCUUAACCUGUGUUAACACUUCUGCUGGCUG